CGAAAAUGCUGCCUCUGGCGUCGGAAAACGGACUGUGCCCUCCUACUGAUGCGAAGAGCACAGCGCCAGUUGCCAGAGUUUUAAAGGCUUUUGAUUAAUUGCACCGGAGUGAAACACUUGUCAACUCCUUGUGUUGUCCAAUAAAUUAGAGGCUCUGGAGACUUCACGCGCUCAUUCAGGUGAGGACCCUGCGUGCGCGCGGACAUACAUGCGUUCCUAUUUUUCACGGUCACCCCGACUAUAUGUUUUUGCAACGGCAAAGGGACUAUUAUUUCACUACGGUGGUUUUGCCAAGCAGUGCAACGGAUCUCUUAUAAGAAAACAAGUUUUCAUCCAUUGACGUGUGGUUUUCAGGACAGCACUUUAAAGAUAAAACAGGCUGCUAAGUAGUUUCAAUGGUUGGAAAGCAGGCGGUCCGUAUGGAUGGUAAUGGUUCUGUGACAGUAAUGGAUGACAGUCCCGCAUCCAGUCCCAACUCGAGCCCUAGUCCUGACACUCUCUCCGCGGACAGCCAGCGCGCAGAGGCCCUGUCUCGCUCCGGGGUGGUCCAGUCCGGUGGCCUCGGGAGCAGAGGGAGACCCGCAGCAGCCAACGCGGCGCGCGAAAGGAGUCGCGUGCAGACCCUCAGACACGCGUUCCUCGAGCUACAGAGAACAUUGCCGUCUGUGCCACCGGACACCAAACUGUCCAAACUUGACGUCUUGAUAUUGGCAACCACAUACAUAGCGCAUUUAACGAGAACCCUACAAGAGGAAGGGAUGGAAGAGGGAGACAACACAAAACAAAAUGAAGCUUUGAACUCUCUUAAAGGCGAUGGAUACUUACAUCCUGUGAAAAAAUGGCCAAUGCGUUCAAGAUUAUAUGUCGGCGCUACUGGCCAGUUCCUGCGUAACUCAAAAGAAAAUCAAGGGGCAUCUUCAUCAUCAUCACAAAUAUAAAUAUUUGCACUUAAGUUUUUUUUUUGAGGUAAUAACUGAAAUGAAGGUUAAACUUGUAGGCUACUCGUUGGACUUUCGGAGAACCACACGACAGGAAUUGUGUUGUAUAGGCUUGAAACAAGACAACGCUGAAGGGGUUUGGAAAUAACUCUUCGCUAAAAGGAGAAAACUUUGAACGAUGCCAUUCAGACAAACUGAUUUCCAUAUUUAUAUAUCCUAAUUAUUUCAAAUGUGUAAAUAAGAAUAAAAUAUUAAACGUGUGUUUUGUAAGUAAAGUUAAAACUAGUUCUCUUGGAUCGCUGUUUAGACUUGUGUACUCUGCAGUUCUGUACUUGUUGGUACCUUGUAUGCCGAAAUUCCGUGUGUUAAUGAGCUGUCAUGCUUGAACUGUUAGCUAUGCACUUUCUGUUACAACAUUUGCACUAAAUGCAUGUGUGAAUAACUUAACAUUCGUCAUGUGAAGUGGUCUGUCACAAUCGCAACAAAAUAUCACGAGCCCCUUUUCUUAGGUCU